AUGGAACUAGAACUUGACGAUGAUGGCAGAAUCAAAAGAACAGGAAAUGUAACAACAGCUACAACACACAUAAUAACAGUAGUAAUUGGAGCAGGAGUGUUAGCUCUAUCAUGGGCCAUGGCUCAACUAGGAUGGAUCCUUGGAAUAACAAAUCCAAUCAAUGGAAAAAGAAACUAUACUUACAUGCAAGCUGUGAAGGUUUACUUAGGUGGGAGUAUGCAUAUGGUUUGUGGGUUGAUUUUGUAUGCUAAACUUGCUGGAAUCACUGUUGGUUAUACGAUAACUUCGUCUAUAAGUUUGGCAGCCGUAGAGAAGAUUGUUUGUGUUCAUAGAAAAGGACAUGAGGUUGAUUGUAGUAGCUCUUUAAAUCCCUACAUGGUUGGUUUUGGGAUAUUGCAGAUUUUCUUGUCUCAAAUUCCUAACUUUCAUCAAUUGACUUGGCUUUCCACGAUUGCUGCUAUCACUUCGUUUGGUUAUGUGUUCAUUGCAAUUGCUCUUUGUCUUUCGCGUAUAAUCUCAGGAAAAUGGGCCCCAACAAACAUUACCGGGAUCAAAGUAGGACCAGAACUAUCGGUUGAUGAUAAAGUGAUGAGGAUGUGCAGUUCAAUGGGAAACAUCGCACUUGCUUGCACUUAUGCUACUGUUAUUUACGACAUAAUGGACACGUUAAAGUCACAUCCACCCGAAAAUCAACAAAUGAAAAGGGUUAAUGUGAUAGGAGUAUCGGCAAUGACAAUGAUAUUCCUACUAUGUAGUUGUCUUGGCUACGCUGCAUUUGGUGACCACACACCAGGAAACAUUUUUGUUGCAUUUUAUGAGCCAUUUUGGUUGGUUGCACUUGGAGACAUAUUCGUCGUAAUCCAUGUGGUUGGAGCAUAUCAAGUGUUGGGGCAACCAUUCUUUCGUUUUAUUGAAAUGAGUGCUAGUACUAUAUGGCCCAAAUCAAGCUUCAUAAACAAGGAAUAUCCAAUUAGUUUGGGCAAUGCAAUGUUUGAUUUGAAUUUGUUUAGGCUAAUUUGGAGGACAAUAUUUGUAAUAUUUGCUACCACUCUUGCCAUGGCAAUGCCAUUUUUCAAUCAAUUUCUUUCUCUACUUGGAGCAGUUGGGUUUGGACCUUUGGUCGUGAUCUUCCCUAUACAAAUGCACAUUGCGCAAAAGCAUAUACGAAUAUUGUCACUCAAGUGGUGUUUGCUCCAAUGUUUGAACUGCUUAUUUUUACUUGUUUCAGUGGCAGCUACUGUUGCUUCAGUUCAUGAAAUUAGUCAAAAUCUACAGAAAUACAAGAUUUUUGCUUACAAACAAUAG